GUGGAUAUUAAUUGCUACUGUAUUUAAUGUUUUUGAUUCAUUCUACAGAUUUAUAUGCUUAAAUUUUACUCCACUUCUUUUCUUCCGACAUCAUUUAUGCACUAAAAACAGAUUUCACCCUAGCAUCAAAGUAAACCCAGUGUAAAUGUGACUGGUGACUGUAAGAGAGUGAGGUUUACAGCCGGGGAGGGGAGGAGGAACAAUGUAAACACAGUUUAAACACAGUGACAAGGUGACAGAAAGCAGUAACGGGUCAGUGUUGAGCAAGGUGAAGUGAGACAAGUGGGUGAGUGGGUUAGUGUGGGAGGGGGGAGGUAUGAGGGGACAGCACUUGAAGUCACUCUUCUCCUGCACGCUCACUGUCCUGUUUCUGGGGACCCUGCUGACCACUUUCAUCUGGUACACAUCCAACGACAGUCAUGUGGAGCCUCACAGACUACCUGCUCCGAAGAAAACUGAGAAAAGAGCCCCCUCUGUGUCCUCUGACAGCUGUAAUGACUGCAGUCAUGUGGAGCCUGACAAACUGCCUCCUCAGAAGAAAACUGAGGAAAAAGCCCCCUCUGUGUCCUCUGACAACUGUAAAGGCUGCAGUAAAGUCAUAAAUAAAGUUUUAGAGCACUAUUCUCAAACCUGGACCAAGCAGGAGGAAAAUUACCAAAAGUACAGAUCUCAGUUGCACACCAGGUGCCGUGGCUCCGAAAAGGCCAUUCUCACCCAGGCCAACACCCCGGUGGGAUCGAAGAUUCUGUAUGAUGGUGAAAAACAGAGGUUCCGCAAAGUAACCCUGGAGCUUUUCAGAACAUUUAUGAAGGAGUCUCCAUUUUCAAAUAAAACAUGGGACACAUGUGCUGUGGUUGGAAACGGAGGGAUCCUGACCAACAGCAACUGUGGAAACACAAUAGAUUCAACCCAGUUUGUCAUCAGGUGCAACCUACCUCCUUUGGAGAAUGAAUUUAAGGCACAUGUGGGCAGCAAGACCGACAUUGUGACUGCAAACCCAAGCAGUUAUAUGAAGAAAUUUGGGGGUCUACAAGGACAACGCCGUCCAUUUGUGGACAGUCUCCAAAAAUAUGGAAACUCCAUGAUGCUCCUUCCUGCAUUUAGCUUCGCCUUUUCCACUCCUCCGUGCCUGCGGGCGCUUUACUCCGUUGAGGACUUUGAGAUCCCCAUUCAGCCCGUCUUUUUGAACCCUGAGUACAUCCAGAAUCUGACUGACUUCUGGCGCAGCCAGGGCGUAAGAGAAAUCCGGCUCAGCACUGGUUUAGUGGUGACUAGCCUGGCGCUGGAAAUUUGUACCAAUGUGCACCUGUAUGGCUUCUGGCCCUUCAGUCACCACCCACACGGAUUUCAACCCCUCACUCACCACUACUACGAUGACCGCAAGGCCAAUUACUUUCAUUCCAUGCCUUCUGAAUUCAAACUCCUGCUGCAGCUGCACAGUCAGGGGGUGCUCAGGCUUCACCUGGGACAAUGUGGGGAACAAUAGCUCCAUGUUGUCCCAUGGAAAACUCAGAAGUACAGUGCCUUUCUUGUAUCCUCAGGAUGAAGCCUGUGAAGCCUUCCCUUUAUUUUUAAGUGAAUUGAGGAAUCUAUUUUGACUAAAGUCAUGGAUCAAGUGUAUCCAACUGAGUUGGAUGCUGACUUGUCCAAUCUGCAGCAGCAUUUGCACUGAUUACAAUCAUCCCUAACUGUAAAAAAAAAAAAAAACUUAACAUGAAGCCUAAGUGUUCCUACUAUUAUAUUUAUUAUUCUAAAUGUUCUAGCUGGAAUCUGGGUAGAGUA